CUGGUCUGGCCGAGGCUGUCCAGGGAGUAUACAUUCUCAAGACAUACAGAGUCCGAACAUUAAAAGAAAAAGAAAGACUGAUUCAUUUGCGGCCUGCCCAAUAUAAUGUAACAAAACCAUAGACAGAACCAUUACCAAGAACAAGCUCUUACAACCAAGGGUCCAAUGCGUGAAUGAUGCACUCCAGGGAACAAUCCAGUCACAUGACCUCGCCUAGAGCCGCUAUGUCCGAGUUGCCGUUCUGGGCAACAUCUGGGAAAUUUUAUGGCGAGAUAAUCAUCAUCACCGCGCCACAAUCUCCGUUCAUUACAUUCUCGCGGCAUCUUUUCUUAAGACCUGUGGGAUAGGGGCUGAUCAGUCAUGGCGCACCGUAUAAUCACCCAGGUUGUCCUUACCGGCUCUCGGGUUCUGGGUCGCGCUGUUGCAGAAGCGUAUCGUCAAGCAGCUGCCUCGCAAAAAUACGCUGCCCAGGCCGCGAAGAGCAAUCCUGGAGCCGCCAAUAAUCUCGCCUCUUCUGGCCUCACACUUGACGAAGCAUGCAAAAUCCUCAACGUCAAACCUCCUCAGGGUGGCAAAGCCAACAUGGAGGAUGUAAUGGGUCGAUUCAAGCGACUUUUUGAUCAAAAUGAUCCCAAGAAAGGCGGAAGCUUCUAUCUUCAAAGCAAGAUCCUCCGAGCUAGGGAACGAAUAGAGUUGGAGGUGAAGAAUGCGGAGAGGGUAGCCGAGAGAGAGCAGGAACUGAAAGAGGGCUGGAAUCCCAAGGUUUACAAGGAAAGGUAGUGAAGAAGCGGAGUCUGGCUUGAUAUCCAUCUUUUGAACAUAUGCGCCCGAAUUUAUGCCGCUUAUUUCAAGAGGCAUUGCGUUUACCUUCUCAGAUGCCUAGAGUAUGCAUCGGCUGGGCGUUGGGGAUCUUUUUGAUCAGGUUUAUUUUUAGCAGAACAUCAUGCAUAUUUGUCGAUAUACGACUUCAUGCGCUCGCAGAACUUUGCUUUGCACCUCUACUUCCUCACUCAUACACAACCUCAUUACCAUGUAUUAUUAGGUCAGUUCAAAUCAGCGAUCUUCUUUCUUCGGCCAUGACGGUGAAUCACAAUGGCACUUGAACUGCGACAUGCCUAUUCUUUCUUAGAAAAUGUGAGGCUCGAUCCUGUAUUAUAGGCUACAAGUACUUUCCUUGCCAUUGUUCAACCUGAGUUGGCCUCUUCCGGGCGAAGCA